AUGGGGUGUACCACUUCUUCGAGCAAAAUCGAAACAGAGGUAAUCAAUACAAGAGUGCCAAGCAACGCGCCGCUCCAACCUGCACCAUCACCCUCGCAUUCUGAAGUGAUUACAUCUUCUUCUUCCGCCAUCUUGAAGACGGAACGUGAGAAGCAAUCGACGGAGCGCAUUUCCUGGCGCAAAGGAGAUCUGAUCGGAACUGGGGCUAACGGACGGGUCUAUCUUGGUCUCGAAGAAGAUACAGGCGCUAUCAUAGCUGUGAAAGAAAUCUUGUUCACAAAUAACCAGCAAGAUCUAGAGGAGCUCGCCCAGAUGCAGGAAGAAAUCGAACUUCUCCGUUCUUUACAUCAUCCUAACAUCGUCACUUACCUCGGUACAGAUGUCUCUGAUGAUGAUCAGACACUCUACAUUUUCACCGAAUGGGUACCUGGCGGUUCCAUACAGGCACUUGUGACUAAAUUCGGAAAGCUUUCAGAGGCUAUCGUGCGCAAAUACGUCGCGCAAUUGCUUGUUGGUCUUGACUACCUGCACGAGCAGCAGGUUAUCCACCGCGACAUUAAAGCAGCAAACAUCUUGGUCGACGAUCGUGGCACAAUUAAGCUCGCAGACUUUGGUAGUUCAAAACGAAUGGACUCGAUGGGUACGAUGGGCAACGAAAAUCACUCACUCCGUGGGACGCCAUAUUUUAUGGCGCCCGAGGUUAUCAUGCAAACAGGCCAUGGGAGGAAGGCCGACAUCUGGAGCGUUGGGUGCACUAUUCUGCAAAUGGUCACCGGGCAGCCUCCUUGGAAGAGCCUCCAACUUGGAACACCUGCCGCACUGAUGUUUCAUAUCGCCAAUGCACAAGCCCCCCCACCCAUGCCGUCUGCGCUCUCCGAUCACCUUCGUAAUCUUCUUCUGGCAACAUUUUCAAGGGACAUGAACAAUCGCCCAACUGCCAAUCAGCUACUAGAGUAUCCAUUUGUCGUGGCAAAUGGUGCAUCUGCGGAAGCCAUUGCGGCUGGUGCCCAGGGGCUUCUUGAGCGCCAGAAUGCACCACCCGAGGUUCCACAACGUGAGUCUACGCCGCUACGAGCUGGCGUUCCGUUCGCUACAAUGGAUCAAAUUCACUCGGUUGAAGAGGCGGCAGAUCAAACACUAGCACGACAAGCCACUGGACUCCUAGGUAACGCGCUUCCGUUAUAAAUUCAAUACAAGCCACCAACAGGUGACGACGCUGAUGCUGCGCGAGGCUUUCAGUUGGAAUCAUUUCGACUGCCUCCAAGUGAGGAUGUGAACGCAGCGCAUGUUAAACGAAGCUUGCCUAACGAACAUUUUACGAAGGGGACAUAUAAGCCUUCCAGUGACAAGACAGAAGAUAAUCUAUCCAAACCCAGCAACUCUACGAGCACUAUGCAAGUUGGUGACGACUACGAGACACUAGUAACCAUGUUCAUCUGCAAGAAGGCAGCGGCACAAUUCGCAGGCGCAGACAAACAUUUUCCAGGUCGGCCUCCAACAGCACGACCUCGUGGUGCUCCACCUCCAAGGACCGCCCGGUCCAGCCAAGAUAAAUCAAUUCACGAUUUAACAGCCACAUUACCUGCACGUCCAAAU